CACGUAAAAUGCUCCAUUACCGAUAUAAUUUUGUUCUUUCCCUUAACCCAUCGCUCUUGGAACCCGGUGUCCUUCACCGCCCCACCGCCCCCACCGCUCCUGCUCGGACUAGCACCACCGCCCCACACCUCCCGGCCCGUCGCCGAGCGACGGCGCGCAUCCGCCUCAUCCGCUCCGCCCCUCCUGCGCCGUCUCGCCUCUCAUCGCCGCCCCGCCUCCCUCCGUCGUUCCUGGCCGCCGGGCUUCUUCUCCGUCGCCGGUUACGCGCGUGAGGAGGGAGGAGCCGCAGCGCGUCGAUCCAGGAGCCGGGUGCCUUGUUGAGUUGGUGUUGUAGCUGAAAGAAUCUCCACAGGACCGUUUACUCCAGCUUUAAGCCUAAGUGGCAACGUUCAUUUCUAAAGUUGCUUGAUAUUUCACAAAGAAGGAUGGAUAAAUCAUGGAUCGAUAAUGAUGCUAGGUACCAACACUAUUUUUAGAAAGACUAAAAGUUCUAUCUUCAGUUAACAUAGGAAUUAACUUAAAAACUGCAUGUAGGCAUACCAAGAUGUAUCAACAAGGGGUGAACAAUUUCAUAGCUUUUGCAUUUGAGAAUUCAGCUGUAGGAAGCAAGAUAUUAUGCCCUUGUACAAAGUGUGUUAACUCAUUUUGGAAAGAGGGAAGUGAAGUACGUGAGCAUUUGAUAUGUGAUGGGUUUUUAAAAGGAUACAGGACAUGGACCUUACAUGGAGAAGUUAGCUCUUAUUUGAAUCACGGAAAUGAUGGUGUUGAACUUAUGGAGGAGACUGAUGAAGAUGAUAAGAUCUCUGAUUUCCUUAGAGAUUUAGCAGCUGGUAUAGAUGACAGAGGGGAUUUUGAUCACAACAAUGAAGACCUAGAGCCUGUGCAGAGCUAGCUGCCAUUAAAAAGUUAGUAUCAGAGAAUAAAAAAGAGUUAUACCCUGGUUGCAAGAAAUAUACACAACUGCGUUUCCUAAUUAGGUUACUCCACACCAAACUCCUUGGAGGGUGGAGUGAUAAGAGUUUUAACCUGCUACUAGAUCUACUAAAUGAUGCAUUACCUGAGGGUUCGAUGCUACCUAGAAACUUUCAUGAAGCUAAGAAAUUGGUGAAAUCGAUAGGAAUCGGAUACAAUAGUAUUCAUGCUUGUGAAAAUGACUGCAUUCUAUUUUGGAAGGAUAAAGAGGGGUUGGAUUCCUGUCCAAAAUGUAAGGCUUCUCGGUGGAAAUCAAUAAGCAAGGCCCAUGAUGGAAAACAUGUAUAUAAGGUUCCUAAAAAGGUUCUCCGCUACUUUCCAAUAAAGAAAUGUCUUCAACGCUUAUUUCUAUCAUCUAAAAUAGCUAGUCUAGUGAGAUGGCAUGAUGAAGGCCGAAAAAAGGAUGGUCUGCUUAGGCAUCCUGCAGAUUCUCUACUAUGGCAAGACUUUGAUAAGAAACAUCCAGAAUUUGCUAAAGAUAGCCGAAAUAUCCGUUUAGCAUUUGCCACUGAUGGUUUCAAUCCAUUUAGGACCAUGAAUGUUACUUAUAGUGUUUGGCCUGGUAUUUGUAUUCCCUACAACUUUCCACCUUCAAUGUGCAUGAAGAAAUCAAAUUUCAUCCUCUCUUUGUUGAUCCCUGGUCCAGAAGCUCCUGGAAGUGAUAUGGAUGUCUAUUAUCAGCCACUAGUUGAAGAUCUAUUAGAUUUGUUUACCAAGGGAGUUAGAACAUACGAUGCUUCGAAAGGGGAGUUUUUUCAGUUGAGGGCAGCAGUACUAUUGACUAUUACUGACUUCCCUGGUUUAGGCUAUGUGUCCGGGUCUGUCACAUCUGGUGAAGCUGGAUGUCCUGAUUGUCAUAGCUACACAUGUUCACUUAGGCUUGGGAAUGGUAGCAAGACUUGUUAUAUGGGUCAUCGCAGGUUCUUGCCUGAAAACCACCCAUGCUAAUAAGUUUGAUGGUAAAACUGAAUUUAGGGCAGCACCUACUCCACUUUCUGGGGAGCAGAUUUUGGAGUGCACUAAAGACAUUAAUCAUAUUUUUGGUAAAGAUCCUUCUAGAAAGAAACCAGCAAGCAAGAGACGUAAGGAAGGAGAGCCAUUGGUCAUACUGAAAAGGAGAUGUAUAUGGUUUAAACUACCUUAUUGGAAAGAUUUGAUGUUGCGACAUAACUUUGACUUCAUGCACAUAGGAAAAAACGUGAGUGAAAGCUUAGUUAAUACAUUCCUAGGCACAGAAGGGAAAUCCAAGGAUAAUUUGAAUUCUCGUUUGGACCUUCAAGCUCUAGGUAUUAGAAGUGAUCUCCACCCUAUUGAAGUGGAUGGCCAACUUUAUUUACCACCAGCUCCAUACUCAAUGAGUCCCGAUGAGAAGAAAUUAUUCUGUCAAGUCCUGAAGGGGGUCAAGUUUCCUGAUGGAUACGCCUCUGAUAUACGUCAAAAUAUACAUGUUAAUGAGAGGAAGAUAUUUGGCCUUAAGAGUCACGAGAGCCACAUUAUUUUACAACACUUGCUUCCACUAGCUGUGAGAAAAAUAUUGCCUGAAACUGUGAGUGCUGCAGUGAUCCGUAUAUGUAAUUUUUUCAAGAAACUUUCCUCCCCUGUCAUUCGAAUAAGUGAUAUGGAAAAUUUAGAGGUUGAAAUAGCUAAAACAUUGAGCCUUCUUGAGACUAUAUUCCUUCCUUCCUUCUUUGACAUCAUGGUCCACUUGAUGGUUCAUCUUCCUGCCCAAGCAAAGAUAGCUGGACCAGUUCAUUUUCGUAGUAUGUGGCCUGUGGAGAGGUAUCUGAUGAGACUGAAGGGUUCUGUUCGUACAAAAAGUCACCCUGAGGGAUCAAUGAUGGAGUGGUCUAAUUUUACAUAAUGCCUUACACUUUGUUCACGCUACUUACAUGAUGGGACUCAAACCACACCUCAGUUUGGAGAUGAAGAAUGUACCACAACUCCUUUCUUUGGUACCAUUGGUCGAGGAUUGGCCGGAAAGUGUUUAGUGAGUAUUGAUCACAAGACAUGGCUGCAAGCCCAUAGAUAUGUUUUGUUCAACUAUGACAGUAUACAACCUUACUUGGAGUAAGUUAUCUAGACCCAUUGUCACACUUUUCAUCACAUGGUUGGUUUUCUUUGCAUACUAAAGUGAUAAACUGAUGCACCUUGCAGCAAGCAUGCUCAGUAUCUAUCAUCAAUUGGUCUUCGAAAUAGACGAGACAUCAAUCGCAUGCAUCAUGAAUCCUUUCAUGAGUGGUUUAGGCUGCAUGUAAGUAGUAAUAAAACCUAACACUAGUCAAUUUGGAUUUUGCAUGUAUAUUAAUUGUAAUUUCAAAAUCACAGGUGGAGGAAUGGGAGAGGAAGCCCCUGAUGAGAUAAAAAUUUUAGCUAAGGGGCCUGCAAUGUUUGCACAUAAGUAUAGUAGUUAUAACAUAAAUGGAUUCAACUUUCACAUAGUUUCUUAUGAUGAGGGUAGACCUAUUCAAAGUAGUGGGGUUGCUCUAGUUGCUGAGUCCCCAAACUUUGAAAGUGGUAAUAAUGAUAGCCUGUUAGUAGGAAGCAAGACAUAUUUUGGUAUUAUAACUGAAAUUCUUGAACUGAACUAUCACCACAAAGGAAAUGUGGUGCUUUUCAAGUGUGAUUGGGUCGACAACCGUGUGCGAAACAAAUGGGUACAAACAGAUCAUUUUGGGAUCACAUCUGUGAAUUUUAAGCAUUUAUUCAACACAGGUGAAAAGAUAUCCGAUGAGCCUUUCAUUUUAGCAACUCAAGUAUACUAUGUCCCUGAAGCAGUUGAUACUGAGUGGGUUGCUGUUGUUCAGUCAGUCCAAAGAGAUGUGUGUGACUUUGAUAACUUGGAGGAUGAUCACAUUGCUAAUGAUAAUGGCCUAGUGUACCUGCCUAAUAUAAAUGGCAAUGUGACUGUGGAUAUUAUUAAUGGGGUUGUCCCAUCUAUUAGAAUAGACAUAGAUGGUAUUAUUGUUGCUAAAAAGAAUGAUAGAAAAGGUUCUAGAAAGUAAGUUUUCUGUGUAUAUUGUUGCUACAGACUCACAUAUUGUGUUUAUUGUUUUCCUCCGAGUAUUGCUAUGUUUUUUGUCCAUUCAUAGGAGGAAGCAUGCCGACAACUAGGAGAACCAGUAAGGAUGCCCCUGUCAAUCCUUAUGAGAAAUGUCGAAAUGAAACAAUUGCAGCGAACAACAGGAAGCUUCAAUCUCUAAAUCUGCCUCCUAUGCAGAACUUAGGACAAAAUGGUCAAUCUAGUAAAAGAACAAAGGUGAUAGACAAAAUCAUUGCAUAUUGAUAACUUUUAUUUAUAGUGUUAUGUCCCUUUUUCUAUAGAGAACACACCAAUCAAAUGAUGCAGCAGCUGAUUUGCCCAAUCUGCGCCGGUCACAAAGACAGGCUGAAAUUGCAAGUCAGCAGAUUGAAGAAGAAGACCCUGAGUAUCAACCAAAUGGAGAUGAUUUAAUCAAUGAUGAAGGAAAUCUAUGACAUUGAUGAGGCGGCCAAAAACUGGGUUCUGAUCACUGCUGCAAGGAAAUGGAAGGAAUUUAAGUCUACCUUGAAGGCAGAUUUUUUUUAAUGAAAAUUUAACAAAUGAGCAACUGCAGCGAAAACAUGGUGAUAGAGUUAAAGAUGAUGACUGGAAGUUUCUGAUUAAGCACUGGACCUCUCCUGAAUUUGAAGCUCGAAGGGAAAUAUCGAAAGCUAAUCGUGCCAAGUUGGGGAUACAUCAUACCUCUGGAAGCAAGAGCUUUGCUGCUUAUAGGCAUGAAAUGAGUGUACAGCUAGGGAGACCGGUUCGAAGAGAUGAAGUCUAUAUUAGAACACAUAUAAGGAAAACUGGAGUUCCAACCCAACAAGCAGUGCCAAUAAUUAACAAACUUAAAUCAAUUGCUGAAGCCCACCCAGAGUUGACAGAAAGAUCAAUUCAACAAGGUGAUGUUCUUGCUGCUGCCUGUGGAGAAAAGGAGCCAAGAGGGCGUGUUCGGGCUUUGGGUCUAGGACCAACUCCCCAAGACAUUGGUACCCCUGGUUUGAGGUGCUACAAGUCAACAAGGCUACAAAUGGAAGUUCUAGCUCGUCACAAGGUUGAGAGUGACAAAGCCGCUCUUGAACGACGCAUACAAGAAUUGGAAGAGCAACUGCAGGAAAGAAGAAAUUUGGAAAUAAGCUCGCAUAACUGUUCUAACUCACGGAGCCAUGUGAGUCCAAGGUCUCAAGAACAUGUUGAUGAGGCACAAGCACAUGAUGGUCAAGCAUUUGAAGAUGAGGUUUUUCCAGAUAUUAAUGAUAACUCAGAACAAUCUGAUCAAGAAGAUUAUUUGCUUCUUCGUAGGCCUCCUGCUGCCCCAUCUACACAGCAUGGUAAUUUCCUAUCUACACAGCGUGCUGCUGCCUUAUCUGCGCGUGCUUCUGCCCUACCUACACCUCAUGCUCCUGCCCUAUCUGAUCAACAUACUCCUGCCCUCUCUGAGCGUGCUGCUACCUUGUCUGCAUUGCGUGGUCUUGCCUUAUUUGUGCAGCCUGCUACUGCCCCGUCCACGCAACAUGCUACUGACCUAUCCGCGUAGCCUGCUAAUGCCCCGUCCAUGCAGCGUGCUGCUGGCCUAUCCGCGCAACAUGCUACUGACCUAUCCGCGCAGCCUGCUAAUGCCCCGUCCAUGCAGCGUGCUGCUGGCCAGUUCGCGCAGCGUGCUGCUGGCCAGUUCGCGCAGCAUCCUGCUGGCCUGUCCACGUCGACACAUCGUGCUGGUGGCUUGUCCACGCAACCUGCUCCUGCGCCAUCUUCGCAACGUGCUAGUGCCUCCUCUGUGCACAGUGUUGUGGGAGGAUCAAAGAAUCAACUUAUGGACUGCAGCGCUACCAGUCCCAUGAAGAAUGCAGCCCUAACAAGGAAGAAUAAAGACCCUCGUGUUUCACCUGAUGAUCUUGUUGGAAAGGAGGUCACAUUAUAUGCCAUGUUGCGACCAGAAAUUGUGGGUAAGGCGGUCGUUAUUUCAACAAAUCCAAUCAAUGUACUAGGAGGCCAAGCUCUAGGAAGGCUAUUUUGUGAAGUUGUUGUGAAGGUUGUGAUCAAAAGGGAUACAAUGCUACCUCGCCCUUAUGGUGACAUUGAGACUUUGGCUGAUGCUAAGUCAAUGUCAGUUCAGUGGCCAUACAACAGGUUGAAGGUUAGCAUGACAUCACAUUCAUCCCAGUCUACAGGAGGGGAUGUCCAGAAAACGCACUGAAGCAGAUGGAGAUGUGACCUGAUCAUUUUGUGGUGACCUGAUCAUUUUGUGAGGUGGCAAAACAUCGAUGAUCCAUGUUGCUGUGUAUGGGAUGCCAUACCAUUUUGUAAAGUACUGUUUGCUCAUGGAUGUUGGUUCCUUUGUUGCAUGAUGUUAGAUUAUGAAAAGAACUCCAAGGACAUGCCUGUUAGUUGUGUUCUCACAUGAGCAUGUUAGUUGUAGUAUGCAAUGCAGACUUGUUAGUUGUGCUGUAACGUGGGCAUGUUAGUUGUGGUGUGUGCAAGGCAAACUUAUGUCAUUGUUGCGAACAUCAUUGUACCCAUGGCUGUUAAAUGUGCCAUUUGUUUGGCAUGAAUGAAAUACUCCUAUGUUAUGACUUAUUCUAUGUCUGACAUUGAAUGUGAGCUUCUAUAUA